AUGCAGAUUGAAAGACAGCACGAGCUCUUGGCUCAUCACGGCUGCCUACUGUGGAGAGACCGAGUUGUGGUUCCCCAAAGACUCCGCCAACACGUCCUCGAGGCUCUGCACAUCAGCCACCCGGCGAUCGUCAAAAUGAAGGCGUUGGCUCGGUGUUACAUCUGGUGGCCUAACAUGGACGAUGCCAUCACUUCAUGGGUUACCUCCUGUCAAGCAUGCCAAGAGUCAAGACCUGCAUCGCUGGCAGCUAAGGGCAACACCUGGGAGAUGCCCAAGGCACCCUGGUCGAGGGUGCACAUUGAUCUUGCCGGCCCCUUUCACGGUUGGACCUUCAUGGUAAUGGUGGACGCCUAUUUCAAAUGGCUGGAGGUGGCCCUGAUGCACUCCACCCCUACCGAGGCCGUCCUCCGGGUGCUGCGAGGCCUGUUUGUGACGCAUGGGUGUCCUGAUGUCCUCAUCUCGGACAAUGGACCUCAGUUCACGUCGGGCACCUUUGAAAGGUACCUCUUGGGGCUAGGCAUCCGCCAUGCCCUAACAGCACCAUUUCACCCAGCCAGCAACGGGCAGGCAGAAAGAAUGGUGCAUUCAGCAAAAGAGGCGCCUGGAACAGAGGGAAUGGCACGAGCGGGUCACUGA